AUGGAUCCCGUCGAUCCAGAAAAGGGUCACGGCGUAACCACCUCUGCCGCGGACACCAAAGCUGCCCUGGACAGCAGCUCCAACGAUGAAGCGCAGCCUCCCCACCGCGAUGUCGCCUAUGAGCAAACGACCAGCGUGCUUGGCCGGUUACGUGCGCUCGAGCACAGCAUGGACCAAAAAUUCCAUAUCGAAUCGGAAGCCAUCGAUCGCAAGCGUCCCGAAGACAAACGCAAUGUAUCCUGGACCGAACAAUUAUCAAUGGCCUUGCUCUGGGCUAGCGGAACCAUGAAUAUCUCCUGCUUCGCUACUGGCUUUCUUGGCUGGGAAUUUGGACUGAGUCUAAGGCAAUCUAUCGUCAUCACCAUAUUUGCCUCACUACUCGGCGCGUCUAUAACCGGAUUUUGCGCAACUUUUGGCGCCGCGACCGGCUUGCGCCAGAUCAGUGUCAGUCGGUACAGCUUCGGAUGGUGGCCAAACAAGCUUAUUGCACUGCUCAAUAGCAUCCAGCAAAUGGGCUGGGCUGCUGUCGCGUGUAUAACCGGUGGCCUGGCCCUCACCGCAGUGUCGGAUGGCCAUGUUUCCCUAGUCGUGGGAAUCAUCAUUUUGGCCGUGGUGGCUUUGAUCAUUUCCUUCGUUGGACUGAACGCCAUCCUGGUAUAUGAGCGUUAUGCCUGGGUUAUCUUUUUCGUCAUCUUUCUCAUCAUUUUUGGCGAAACGGGAAAAUACGCCGACAACACCAGCCCGGCCUCCGUAACUGGCGCCAACCUCGGCGCCUCCGUCCUCAGUUUGUUGGCCAUUGUCUAUGGAUCGAGUGCGUCGUGGGCGACCAUGGCUAGUGACUAUUAUGUCCUUUACCCGGCAAACGUCAGCCGCGUCAAGGUCUUUUUCAUGACUACGUUCGGUAUUGCAAUUCCCACGUCUAUCGGCAUGGUUGCAGGCUGUGUUGCCGCCUCUGCACUCAACAACAAACCAGAAUGGCACGAUACCUAUGAAAAUCAAGGCGUUGGCUACCUUAUUCAGGAAAUGCUGUACCCACGAGGAUUUGCCAAAUUCCUCCUUACUUUGCUCGUGCUGUCUGGAAUCAACGUCAAUGUGAUCAGUAUUUAUAGCGCCGCGAUUUCGUUCCAACAACUCUCGAGACCAUUUUCGGCCAUCCCUCGCUUCAUUUGGACUCUGUUCUGUUUCGCGUGCAUUCUAGCACUAGCCCUGGGUGGUAGAGAAGAGCUGAACACCUAUCUGCAGGAUUUCCUCAGUCUGCUGGGCUACUGGUGCACCAGUUACGGCAUCAUCCUCUUUGAGGAGCAUUUUAUCUUUCGCAAGGGUAAUUUUGAAAACUAUGAUCUCGAAGGUUGGAACAGCCCCGCUCGGUUGCCGCUGGGGAUUGGCGCAAUUGUUGCUUUUCUCUUGGGUGUUAUUGCCUGGUGUAUGGGUAUGGAUGAAACAUGGUUCGUUGGGCCUCUCGCAAAAUUGAUUGGAGAUGGUGGUGGCGACGUCGCAAAUGAAUUUACCUUUGUUGUGACUGCUAUCAGCUAUAUACCCGCUAGGUAUUUGGAGUUGAAGUACUUCGGCCGGUAA